AGGUUCAACAUGCAAUGUAAAGCCAUAUUGUGUUGGAGCAUACACAUGCUCACCCACAUAUUUCACACCAUACUCACAACAAGUGGGUUACUUUGCUUUGGGUUGAGAGGGAUCAGAAUGGAACAACAUGAUGAAAUAUAAUACAAAAGAACUUUUAUGGGACAUGCUUGCACCAAAACCUUAAAAAGUCACAUUUGAGUUUGUGCCUGGAGGUCAGGCUCGUGUCACAGACGCACAGAGUUCCUUGGAAAUCCAGUAUGAGCGCUUUUCCAAGUAUUGUGUAAGAUCUUAGAUGUUGUCCUACUGUGUGUGUUGUAUUUACAAAUCCCUUUAUAGCCUGUAGUAGUCUAAACCUGUCAGAAAAUAUGUAUUGACAUAUGCUGUUCCAAAGAUGUGGUGUCAAAAGCACACCCCUGUCUUGCCCCAGGUAUGGGGAUGGUAGCCCUGAUAGCACUGGGCAGCUCACAUACCAAUGUGUGCAGCUGCGUGAACAGUGAACAGGGUGUUGGCUGAGAAACAAGUCUGUUUGGCUGAUUUUGCACAGUAAAUAAAGAUUUAAAAGCUGACGGGGUAACUGUCAGUAACUCAGGCCUGACCCAGUAGUGCAGUGCACUGUACCUGGCCUCACGCCAGCCGUGUGUCUCUGCAUAAUUCCCAAUACCAUGUGCCAGCCGGUGCACAUGGCCCCUGCAUCAUGCUGUCAGGAGUCCUCUGAACGGCUCGCUCCUCCUAGAUCUGUUCUGGCGCACAGGAAGAGCCGCAUGUCUUGGAUACUUCCCAGUUUCCCCUGUUGGAAUUUUUUUUCCGAGAGUCAUAGCAGGGUGACCAGGCCUUGACCUCGCAAGUGCAUGAACUCACCACUGGAGACUCAGUGCAGUGCUGGCUGCAUGUGUCUGGUAUGGUCAGAGAAUCUGCUUGAUACUGUGUCCAUUUGUUGAUAUUGUGUAUAUUUUUAGCCUUUGGGAAUUUGUUAAUGUGUUUGUUGCUGCAGACUUUCUGUAUGAUGCUGUUCCAUAAAUAAAUCAGCAUGUCAUUGGCAGUAACCUACAUGGGGACAAAAAAAGCUACGUUGUUGACAAUCUGUGGUGUGGGCGAAAUCCAGUACUUCGGGGGUUAAGUUGUGAAAGUUAAUGUAAUAACUGCUAGCACCAUCUGCUGGCCUACUUCCUUACAAAGAGAGAGAGAGUGAGUGAGCGAGAGAGAGAGAGAGAGAGGGAAAAACGAGUCUGGGUUUUAACGACAUCUCUAAUAUUCAUGCUGAUGCAUUUUGCUGCUUUGUGCUUUCAUUUUCCGCCGCUCUGCCUGCCAGAGUCUCGAGCUCGCCAUACACGCCCCAGCCAGGGAGAGGGGAGGGCAGCGAGGGAGAACGAGGAAAAAGACAAGUGGGGGAAAAGGAGGAAAAAACAACCGGCCAAACAAGCAAGCAAGCUAACACAAAAGCCUUUUUGUGUGUAAUAAAAGGAGUAACCUACCUUGUCCUGGCUGGUGAAGAGCACGAGGAGAGGCGCAAAAAGGGAAACAGCACAGCGGAAAGAGCAAGAAAGAAGGAGAAAUAAGAGGGAGAAAGCUCAGAGAGGUACAGAGAGGUACAGAGAGCACACACACGAAAGGCAGGCGGAAAGAGGAAUCAAUGAGAGGGGAGGAGAGAGGAGCCAGGGGAAGGCAACUCUGACACACACGCACGCAGAGAGAGUGAGGGAGACUUGGGUGAAGCCGGACGACAGCGAAGCAGCACGCAGCAGCAGAAUGAGAGCUUCCUGGACUGCCACGCACCUCCUCUACCGCCCACAGCGCUGCUCCCUCAUCACCCUGUGAAGAGACAAACGAGGGUGAGGGAGAGUGAGAGAGAGAGCUCCCAUGCGCUCCUCUUGAGCCCUGCCCGCUGGGGGAGGAGGAGACGAACGGCUCCAGCGCUCUCGCACUGCCUGAGGAGAAGAGCUGACCGGGGAGGAGGAGGGGAGGCAAAACGAGGAGAGAGGGAGGGGAGGGGGGGACACACGGCUCAAGGAAGAGUGAGAGAAAACGACUGUUGAAAGGGAAAGAGUGAGUGUGUUUGUAAGAGAAAGCGUGAGCGAGCAACGGAGGGAGAGAGAAAAAAAACCCGGCGAAAGGGCAAGGCUUUUGUUAGCCGGUUGGAGAGGGGGAGGAAAGAGGAAGAAAAAAAACCCACCAUGUCUACAGUGAAGAGGCCAAGAGGAAGGCCUCGAAAGAACGCUAAUGGUCCCAGUAGCCAGGUACGGGUCCUCAGUCCCCCAUUGAAGAGCAGCUCGUCGUCCUCCUCCUCUUCCUCAUCGUCCUCAUCCUCAUCCAGCUCCCCAUCGGAGAAGAGGACGCCACGGAGGACGCAUCAUCAGAUGGAGUCAACCUCACAGGACAAGCAGGAGAAGGCCAAUAGGAUAAUAUCAGAGGCUAUUGCAAAGGCCCGGCAGCGUGGGGAGAAGAAUAUUCCCAGAGUCAUGAGCCCUGAGAGCUUCCCCAGCUCUUCUUCACAGUACAAGCACCGUAAGCGUGAGCACAAAGGAAGCGGCAAAGCACGGCCUAAGGAGAAGGACUGCAGGAAGGCCUGUAUUGUACCCUCUUCCAAGCCCAAGCAGAAGGCCAAGAUUGGGAAAAUUGUCAUCAAGAUUGGGAAGAAGAAAAAGCGAAAGCCGGAGUCUUCAGAGGAGUCGGAUGAUGACCCUCCCCCUCGACACAGUUCUAAAGAUGACGACUCUAAGAGGCGAUCUAAUCGCCAGGUGAAGAGAAAGAAAUACGCUGAGGAGCUGGAGGCCAGGUUGUCGGAUGAUGAGGUCAAGGUUAUUGUCAAAGCCAAGAAAACCAACACUGCAGCAUCCAAGCAGCCCGCUGUUCAGCUCUUUGUAGAGAAUCCCAGUGAAGAGGAUGCUGCUGUUGUUGACAAAAUCAUGUCUUCUCGUAUGGUCAAGAAGGAGGUCUCUCCAGGAGUGGUGGUCGAAGGGGAGGAGUUCUUUGUAAAAUACAAAAACUACUCCUACCUACACUGUGAGUGGGCCACAGAGCAGCAGCUGGAGAAGGACAAGAGGAUUCAGCAGAAGAUCAAACGUUUCAAGAUGAAACAAGCACAGAGGGCACUCUUCUUUGCAGAUAUGGAAGAGGAGCCCUUUAACCCCGACUAUGUAGAGGUAGACAGAGUGCUGGAGGUGUCGUAUUGUGAGGACAAAGACACAGGAGAGGAGGUGGUGUAUUACCUGGUGAAGUGGUGCUCUUUGCCUUACGAGGACAGCACCUGGGAGCUAAAGGACGACGUAGAUCAGAGCAAGAUUGAAGAGUUUGAGCAGCUGCAGGCAGUGAAGCCAGACUCGCGCAGAGCGGAGCGGCCCCCGGCCAAUCUGUGGAAGAAGAAGGAGCAGUCGAGGGAAUACAGGAAUGGUAACAGCCUCAGGGACUACCAGCUAGAGGGGGUCAACUGGCUCCUCUUCAACUGGUACAACAGACGAAACUGCAUCCUGGCAGACGAGAUGGGCCUGGGAAAGACCAUCCAGUCCAUCACAUUCCUAGAGGAGAUCCACCGUGUGGGCAUUAAAGGGCCAUUCCUCAUCAUCGCUCCGCUCUCCACCAUCGCCAACUGGGAGCGCGAGUUCCGUACUUGGACCCACCUCAACGUCAUCGUCUACCAUGGAAGCAUGGUCAGCAGGCAGAUGCUCCAACAGUAUGAGAUGUAUUUCAGGGACACGCAGGGCCGUGCGAUACGAGGAGCCUACAGGUUCCAGGCCGUUAUCACCACGUUUGAGAUGAUCCUGGGAGGCUGCCCUGAACUCAAUGCCAUAGAGUGGCGCUGUGUUAUUAUCGAUGAGGCCCACCGCCUCAAGAACAAGAACUGCAAGCUGCUAGAGGGCUUCAAGCUCAUGAACCUGGAGCACAAGGUCCUGCUGACAGGUACUCCUCUCCAGAACACAGUGGAGGAGCUCUUCAGCCUGCUCCACUUCCUGGAGCCGGCACGCUUCCCCUCAGAAAACACCUUUAUGCAGGAGUUUGGAGACCUCAAGACUGAGGAGCAGGUACAGAAGCUACAGGGCAUCCUGAAGCCAAUGAUGCUGCGGCGGUUGAAGGAGGAUGUGGAGAAGAAGUUGGCUCCUAAAGAGGAAACCAUCAUCGAGGUCGAGCUCACCAACAUUCAAAAGAAAUACUACCGCGCCAUCUUGGAGAAGAACUUCUCUUUCCUGGCUAAAGGAGCUGGCCAGGCUAAUAUGCCCAACCUGGUCAACACCAUGAUGGAGCUGAGAAAGUGCUGCAACCACCCCUACCUCAUCAAAGGGGCAGAAGAGAAGAUCCUAGAGGACUUCAGGGAGGUGUAUAGCCCCACUGCCAUCGACUUUCACCUGCAGGCUAUGGUGCAGUCUGCCGGGAAGCUGGUCCUCAUUGACAAACUGUUGCCCAAGAUGAAGGCCGGAGGGCACAAGGUGCUCAUCUUCUCUCAGAUGGUGCGCUGCCUGGACAUCUUGGAAGACUACCUCAUUCAGAGAAGGUACUUGUAUGAGCGAAUUGAUGGACGUGUUCGGGGGAACCUGCGGCAGGCAGCUAUCGACCGUUUCAGUAAGCCUGAGUCGGAGCGCUUUGUUUUUCUUCUGUGCACAAGAGCUGGCGGCCUGGGAAUCAACCUCACAGCAGCAGACACCUGCAUCAUCUUUGACUCAGACUGGAACCCGCAGAAUGACCUGCAGGCGCAGGCUCGCUGCCAUCGGAUCGGUCAGAACAAGGCAGUGAAGGUGUACCGUCUGAUCACCAGGAACUCGUACGAGCGAGAAAUGUUUGAUCGCGCCAGCCUCAAGCUGGGCCUGGACAAAGCAGUGUUGCAGAGCAUGAGUGGCCGAGAUAACAGCCUGGGAGGAGGCGCCGGGGGAGGGGCAGUGCAGCAGCUGUCAAAGAAGGAGAUUGAGGAUCUGCUGCGACGUGGUGCGUACGGGGCCAUCAUGGAUGAGGAGGACGAAGGGGCCAAAUUCUGUGAGGAGGACAUCGAUCAGAUCCUCCAGCGCAGGACAAAGACCAUCACCAUUGAGUCUGAGGGACGAGGCUCCACUUUUGCUAAGGCCAGUUUUGUGGCGUCCGGAAACCGCACAGACAUCUCUCUGGAUGACCCCAACUUCUGGGACAAAUGGGCCAAAAAGGCUGACAUUGAUAUGGAGAUGGUCAACGGCAGAAACAGCUUGGUGAUCGACACUCCUCGUGUCAGAAAGCAGACGAGGCCAUUCAGUGCCACCAAGGAUGAGUUGGCAGAGCUUUCGGAGGGCAACAGCGACAGUGACGACACCAAACCUAAGCUCAGGCGAAACCACGACCGCCUCAACAGCUAUGGACGCACAGAGUGCUUCAGAGUAGAGAAGAAUCUGCUUGUUUAUGGGUGGGGUCGUUGGAAGGAUAUUCUCAAUCAUGGGCGUUUUAAGAAGCAACUGACGGAGAGGGAUGUGGAGUCCAUCUGCAGGGCCCUGUUGGCUUACUGUCUGGUCCAUUACCGUGGAGAUGACAAGAUCAAAAGCUUCAUGUGGGACCUGAUUGCCCCCACUGAGGAUGGACGCACCAAGGAGCUGCAGAAUCACCUGGGUUUGUCUGCUCCGGUCCCUCGGGGCAGGAAGGGUAAGAAGAUGAAGACCCAGUCGAGCUCUUUUGACAUCCACAAAGCUGAGUGGCUCAGGAAACACAACCCAGAGCACAUGCUUCAGGACGACGGCUACAAGAAACACCUCAAACACCACUGCAACAAGGUGCUGCUCAGGGUCAGAAUGCUCUACUACCUGAAACAAGAGGUGAUAGGAUCCCAGGCCCAGAGGGUGCUAGACGGCGCAGACUCAAGUGAGAUAAAGAUCUGGGUGCCAGACCCUGACCAUUCGGAGCUGCCAGCCUUGUGGUGGGAUGCCAUCUCAGACAAGUGUCUGCUGCUGGGUGUCUUUAAGCAUGGUUAUGAGAAGUACAACACUCUUCGUGCAGACCCAACCCUGUGCUUCCUAGAGCGUGUGGGACGACCAGAUGAGAAGGCCAUCGCUGCUGAACAGAGAGGCAACGAUUUCAUGGAUGGGGAUGUGGAUGACCCAGAGUACAAGCCUGCUCCAGCCCUGCUGAAGGACGAUAUGGAGGAUGACGCCUCCUCUCCUGGAGACUUGGUUGUCACUGACAACGCCGGAGAUGUAGUUCCAGCGACAAGUGAAACUUCUUACUGGCCCUCACCCUCGGUGCUGACAGCCAGGCUGAGGCGACUGAUCACAGCCUCUCAACGCUACACCAAGAGCCGGCAGAUCCUCCAGAUCCACCAGACUCAGACUCAGUCCCCGUCGACCAUGAUACUGUCUGCUCCACUCUGUCCGCUGCCCCCCACACUGAACGACACCCUCAACCCCAAGAUGGCUGCAAAGAUUGAACGGCAACAAAGAUGGACCAGGCGAGAAGAGGCUGACUUCUACCGCGUGGUCUCCACUUUCGGUGUUGUCUUCGACCCAAACCUGGGCCGGUUCGACUGGACCAAGUUCAGGGCCAUGGCUCGGCUGCACAAGAAGACUGACGAGAGCCUGCAGAAAUACCUGUGUGCUUUUACUGCCAUGUGCCGGAGGGUGUGCCGUCUGCCACCCAAAGAGGGAGACUCUGCAGUGGACCCGUCUCUGAACAUCCAGCCCAUCACAGAGGAGCGCGCAUCUCGUACACUGUACAGAGUGGAAUUGCUUCGCCAGGUGAGGGAACAAGUCCUUCGCCAUCAGUUACUCUACGAGCGCCUGCCACUGUGCCAGAUGAGCUCUGACUUGCCUGUCUGGUGGGAGGCUGGUACUCAUGACCGUGACCUGCUAAUUGGAGCUGCCAAGCACGGCGUCAGCCGCACUGAUUACCACAUUCUGAGAGACCCUGAGCUCAGCUUCAUGGCUGCCCAACGCAACUACAGCCAAACAAAAACUGCACAGCAGCAAUCACGCACAUCCACCCCGCUUCUACACUCUCAGUGCCAGGCCACCAGCUCACUGCUGACAGGCUCUCCGCUGCCUCCAACUGCCCAGAGAGAAGCAGAGCCUGGUGGGGUUGUACCCAAAGUGGAACCAGCCUCAGGAGGAGAGGAGGGCCAGGAGAAGCAGGGGGAGAGUUGGAGCCCUCCCCGAGCACCAGCUACUCCCACAGGUCUGGAGGAGAAGCCAGUGUCUGAGACGAGGGAUAAUGAGAGGCAGAUGGUGGCAGCACGAACCAAACCCCUCACACCCAACUCUACUGAGAGGAAACCGAAGAAGGCCAGCAAGAGGAGCCGCAGGGAGACGAGGCGCGGCUCAGACUCCGACUCAGAUGGCUCCUCCUCAAGCUCUUCAUCGCGCUCCUCUUCUUCCUCAUCAUCAUCAUCCUCUUCCUCGUCACAUUCUGGGUCCAGCUCCUCCUCUUCUUCAUCAUCUUGCUCCUCUGGCUCUUCAUCAUCAUCGUCCUCCUCCUCAUCUUCUUCUGAUGACAGUGAAAGUGAGGGAGAGGAAGGGAAGAAGAAGGUGGCUGCAGCAACAAGUGUAAAGGGCUUUGAUGAGGACAGUGUGGCGUCUCUGAGCACUACACAGGAUGAAACACAAGACACCCACACGGCGGAGAACGGCAUCACCAACAGCUCCUCGCAUCCUUUCCAAGGAGGAGGGUACAUGCUCGCUGCAUCCUACUGGCCAAAGGAUCGUGUGAUCAUCAACCGCCUGGACAGCAUCUGCCAGGCAGUGCUAAAGGGCAAGUGGCCAGGAACACGUCGGGUCUACGAACCCGGAGGCGCAGUGGCCUCCUUCUACACCACCAAGCUGCUGGACAACGCCAACAGCCUGUGCGAGGACCCCUCUGCCUCACCACAGGGGUCAAAGGUGACCAAGCAUGUUGCAGAAAACAAGGAGUUCUCAGUAAAACUCAACGAUCAGGAGGGAGGUCUGAAGCUGACCUUCCAGAAACAAGGUCUACCUCUGAAGAGGCCCCUGGAGUCGGAGGAGGGCCCACAGGCCCAGCAGCAGUACCUGGCUCGGCUUCAUGAGCUGCAGAGCGCCUCGGACACAGGCCUGGCCGACAUCACCAAGCCUCAGUGCAGCUUCCAGACCGGGCCUCCUGGUGUUACUGGUCAGAUGAGGCUGAACGGAGUACUAGAUGGCCAGCCGGUGGUUAAGAGGCGAAGAGGAAGGAGGAAGAAUGUGGAGGGGAUGGACCUGCUCUUCAUGAAUAGGAGUAGAGUCCCUGCUGUUCCUGAUCAGGUGCCUCCAGGGUGGGGCGGUAUUGGCCAGGUGGGCGUGGCUGCGGGCGUGGCUGCGGGCGUGGCUGCGGCCGCGGUGCCAGGCUACAGCCAGAGCUCCAGUCAGGCCCCUGCAGACACUGACAGCAGGGUCCCUGUUAUCAACCUCAAAGAUGGCACCCGGCUUGCUGGGGACGACGCUCCCAGGAGGAAAGAUCUAGAGCAGUGGCUGUUAGAGCACCCUGGCUUUGUGGCAGACACAGGAGCUUUUAUCCCUGGGGUAAAUAAGAUGCAAAUGCAGUUCCACUUCCAGGAUGGUCGGCCCAAGCAGAAGAGGCACCGCUGCAGGAACCCAAACAAGAUUGAUGUGAACAGCCUGACCGGAGAGGAGAGGGUCCAGAUCAUCAACAGGAGAAAUGCUCGCAAGGUUGGUGGAGCCUUUGCUCCUCCUCUAAAGGAUCUGUGCAGAUUCCUUCAGGAGAACCCAGAGUACGGAGUCCCACCUGAAUGGGCUGAUGUUGUCAAACAGUCGGGUUACCUCCCAGAGAGCAUGUUUGACAGGAUCCUGACUGGACCCAUCGUUCCUGAGGAGGUGAGCCGGCGUGGACGUCGACCCAAGAACCCUCUGGCUAAGGCAGCGGCGGCGGCGGCGGCGGCAGCGGCAGCAGCACCCAACCCAGCAGCCUCCGCCCUGGGUCUGAACCCCCUGCUGGCUAACGGCCUCCUCUCUGGAAUGGACCUGACCAGCCUGCAGGCCUUCCAGCAGAACCUCCAGAGCUUACAGUCCCUGCAGCUCACUGCGGGCCUGAUGGGGCUGCCGUCUGAUGCUAGCAACCUGGCCGCAAGUAACCUCGCUGCCAUGUUUCCCAUGAUGCUGUCUGGUAUGGCUGGAUUGCCAAACCUGCUUGGCAUGAGCGGUUUGAUUGGAAAGCCCGCUCAGGAGGGCACAGGAGUCUCUGAGGAGAAGACAAAGGGAACCUCCAGCGUUGUGACAGGAGAGCCGUCUGCCUCUAAAGCCCCCUCUCACACCUCAGACACCAAAGGAGAAAGGACAGAGGGCUCGAACACGACUCCUUCCUCCACUUCCAGCUCCACUUCCUCCGUCACCGCCCCACAAAGUGCUUCAGCUGCCUCUGCAGCCUCCAGUCACCCACUGUCUCUUAACCCCUUGUUACUCUCCAGUAUGCUUUACCCAGGGAUGCUUCUCACUCCAGGCCUUAACCUUCCUGUGUCUGCCACACAGCCGCAGAGCUCAAACAGUGACCCCACCCUUCCUCCUGCUCGUCCUCCUCCGCCUGCAGUCUCCCAGUCAUCACCACAGGAGACAGAGCAGCUAGCAGCAGAGCGGGACGGAGAGGAGGAUGACGAGGCAUUAGAAGACGAAGAAGAGGAAGAAGAAGAAGAAGAAGAGGAGGAGGACUCAGCAGAACAAAAGGAGAACAGUGGUCCUGAAGGUUCGGGGAAAGCUGAGUCGUCUUCAUCAGAGUCUGGGAGCUCUUCCUCAUCAGACGAUUCAGACUCCAGUGAUUAGGACUGAUGCUAUGAAUAUAUAAUUAUAAAUUUAUUUAUGUAUCGCCUAGAAAUGUAAACAUAUAUUCACAUAUAUAUGGAUUUUCCAGCACUUAUGUUGCGAUUUCUUUACAUGUAAAUACAUGAACUAACUAAAAUGUUGUGUAAUAAAGACAAAAACCUUAAAAAAAAAAAUAAAAAAAAAAAACAGGAAAAACUGACUUAAAAGAAACUGAAAUAAAAUUUCAGUGUUUGUUCACAAGGUACAGUCUUGUUUUGAGACAUUUUGCAUGUCAGACUUUAGUAGAUUUCUGAACUCUGUGAACUUGUACCACAAUUAUGUACAAUUGAAACAAAAAAACGGCAUUAUUGUAAGUAUGUCAGGAUUUAAUUUUAUUAAAAAAAGUGAAACUACAUCAACAUGCUCACUGAGCUGUACUAUUAAUAUAUUUUGAUUGUUUGGGGGUCGGGGGAACGACACUUGACAAACACUUUGGUUUCUCUUGUAAAUAGUCGGUACUUUUACAGGUUUGUUGACACUUAUGCUUUGCAGAUCAUACGUUGGAUAUGUCAGCAAUAACUUGGGCAGCUAAUGAAUGUCACUGAAGCUGUAGAUUCUCUGUCUGCCAUGUUCCACCCCAGUGCACAACUCACGCAGCCUCACUUACCCGACACUGACCCUCACAUCACGUUGAAUUCAUCUCUGCUUUAGUUCACAUCCUUCUUUGGAAACCGAAUUACCUGAAACUCCCUCUUUAAUAUCGCCUCACUCUGGGGGAAAUCUGUGGAAUAGUUUUUUUAUUUUUCUCAAUCAAUCAAACACAAAUUCCUCAAAACAAAUCAUGAUUAAAUCUGCUGUGAUUUCUUUCUUUUUUUUUAACAUCAAUAUCUAAUUUUAGAAAGUCCUUAUUUUCACCAUCACCUUACAAAACAUGUCACAACAUGUCCAAGGCGCACUUUAGCUACUCACAGUAGGCAUACAUGUUCACUUGCACAUCUGUUGAUUCUGACUCCAGUGUCACAGUCUAAUAAACUCCUCCAGCUGCGGGGGAUGGAAACCAACCUUUUACUGUGUGCCAAAAACUGCCCUUUGACCCUGUGAGGUCCUGGCUUAGUUUCUGGUCUCUGUGUAGAAGAAUAAUUCAGGAUUAUUAUUAUUACAACCCCGGCAUAUUUGACUGCAUCUUACCUCAACUGUGCUAGAUGGAUUGGCUUCACUGUGCAGAUGUACAUGUGCAUGGGUGUGUUUUCUUGCUGUCCAUGUACAUAAUGUCCUUGUCUCUGCAGGAAUAUGUGUGUGUGUGUGUGUGUGUGUGUGUGUGUGUGUGUGUCAGAGGCCAUUUCUUGUUCUUUUUUUAUUUCUUUUUUUUUUUUUUUUACUGAGAGCUUCCACUGUGGUGUUUUCUUUGGUUCGACUCCUCUCACCUGGUAUCUCCUGCCUCCAGAACUUUCCAGUCUGAAUGUUGUGUAUUAUGGAGCGGGCCUUGCAAAGCUAUGACCAGUAGAGAACUACUAUUACAAGUGUUUUUGACCUUCAGACACAUCUCGUUAGAAAUUUGGAGGAAAUGACAGUCCUUUUGGAUUCUGUGUUGCAUGACCACCUGUCUACCAAAGUCUUACACAACACACACAAAAGCACGAAGCACAAAAUAGUUCAGAUCCUCGCUAAGAUUGUAGUUCUGUCACCGUCUUUGAGUAUUAAACUUUACACAGUGCCAGGCGGGUUAGCGUCAGGAAGGGCUAAAUGAUAGCAGCUUGUGUUUCUGGGAGUCUGCAGCUCGGUUGUGCGUAUUUCACUUCGUCUCGACUCCGUUCCGCUGAUGAAUGGAGCUUCGGCUAGAUGUAGAAGUGCCCUUAUCCUGUACCUCACGCUCUUAUUCAACUCCUGUCUGACAAACUAACCGCCCCCAGAUUUGUGCUCAGUGUCCAUGCUUGUGUGUUUCUGUCCGUCGUCCCUGCACAUGUUCACGUCCAGCUUUAACCAGGAUACACGUAAACACUGGAGUUCACUCAAGCCGAAGUACCUUUUUGUAAUUUCUCUCUGGCACAACAGUGCUGGCUCUAGGACUGCUGUUACACAGUGGACUGUUAGAUAUAUGUUUCUAAAUGAUUUCUGAGGUGAGGCUUUUGUUUUGGACUGGCUUACAAUAGAGCCCCACUGGAUGAACUCAGUCUGUUUAGUUCUUAAGUAUUGCUGUAGCAUUGUUCUGUGGGUGAAACCAUGAGCAGCCGCGUGGUCUGAACACAAAGACUGAAGACACGUAUUGAUUUCUAAUGUUGCUUUAAAGUGAUUUCCUUGUAUGCCUGUUAUAUAUAGACCUCGUCAUGGGUUUUGCUUGCAAUGCAAUCGCUUUUUCUUUUUUUUAAUAUUACUACUAACAGUACAGUAUUUUUCUAUGUCUGAGCAAUGAACUUAAACAUGCCACUGUCAUUUUGUAUAUCUGCACCUCUGCUCUCUUUAAACUCGUAGUGCCCUUAUGCAAACACCCAGCCAUCGCUACUUCUGCUGUAGGUGAUCGAUCCAACGACUUUUGCUACUUUGUGUUGCCCCACAGCGAUGGCUUGAUGCAUUGAUGACUGUGUUGAGCCUCUUUAGGACACACAUGGGGGAAAAAAAGGUAGACAUAUGAUUGGACUUUUUGCUUUCAUUUUGCUUGUCUUCUACUAUUUUUUUUAAGGUUGUACUGUGCAAGGACUCCCAACGCACUGCUAGUGCGAGCGAGGCAGUGUUGAAUCUGCGUUAUACACAAGUAAACAAUGACCAAUAUGCAAGAGGAAUGACAAAACACACUACUGCUGUACAGCGAGGUUUUCUUUCCGUUUUCAUACAUGUAAUCACUGAGAUGACAAAACUAGCAUCAUUGGUUUUGUAUUUUGAUUUUAAGCUUGAUAAUAUCCUAAAUGUCACCUUGGUCAGUUUUUGUCUUUUUUUUUUUUUUUUUCAUUGGACAGUUGUAAUAUUUGCAAGUUGUGGUCUGUGUAGUCAAAAUAAUUCUUUAUGUAGUGCAGGACAACGCGUCUUAAAAGUCAUUUGUAAUUUAUUGGAUUACUUUCUAUGAAGUUCUAUAGAGGAAAUUGAGGUUUAAUUAUUUUUAUUAAACAUAUUCUUCUGACUAUCAA